AUGGGUUGGUUGCUUAUGACACUUAUUGAACCGGUACUUGCACAGGUUAUUGGGUGCACCUCCUCCCGAUCUGUAUGGAUAAUCUUGGAGCAGUUGUAUGCUUCAAAAUCAAGAGUUCGGGUCAUGCAACUUCAUUUUGAAUUGCGUUGUUUUAAGAAGGGAGCUCUCUCCGUUCCUCAGUAUCUUCAAAAAGUAAAGAAUCUCACAGAUAAUCUUAUAGCAACAGGUGAGCCUCUCUUUGACACUGAUUAUAUUCUCACUAUUCUUAGUGGGCUCGAUUUAGAAUAUGAAUCAUUUAUUACUGCUGUCACUACACGAGUUGAUGCCUACACAGUGGAGGACGUCAAAGGUAUGUUACUUAAUCAAAAAAUUCGAUUGGGUCAAAUCAAAGGCUCUCAUGGUUCUCUUGAUUCAAAUUACCCAGUUGCUAAUAUGGCUGUUAGGGGKAAUGCUAAUUUCAACAACAUAAAUGAUUCUCAUAAUUUUUCUAAGGGCAACAAAUCUUACCCUCAAUCUUCUAAACCUCAAUACAAGUGUCAAAUCUGUUGGGGUAAGAAUCACUCUGCCUUUAAGUGCAAGUACAAGUUUGACAGGAACUUUGAAAGAGAAAAUUUUAAACAACAAAAGCAAGCCUUUCAUGUAUCUACUGACUCAUCAUGUGGUGAAGCUUGGUACCCUGAUUCAGGUGCAAUGAACCACCUUACAGCCGAUCUUGCCAAUUUGAAUGUGCAUUCAGAAUACACUGGCCCCGAUCAACUUCGUAUACGCAAUGGAUCAGUUGGUCAAUUUUCGACAAACAAUAAUGUCUAUUUUGAAUUUCAUCCUCAUGUCGUUUAUGUGAAGGAUCUUCUCACCAAGAAAGUUCUUCUCCAAGGAGUGAAUAAAAGCGGCCUUUACAAGCUCUCCAAUUCACAUAACAUGGAUACACAUUCACCAUUUGCAGCUAGAGAGCGCACAAAUAUUGAUGUUUGGCAUAGGAGAUUGGGCCAUCCCGCACCUAAGCGAGAUGAUACGAGAUUAUCGUUGAUUCUUUUUGUGACAGAUACAGAGCCAGAGGCUCUCUCUUUCUCUCUCAAGUUGAAGACUCUCAAGUCUGAGUCGUCUCUUGGUUUCUGGAUGCAAUUUGUUGAAAUGCAUCAUCCUCCCUCGAACCCUAACCCUUUAACACACCCUUACGGCCAGCUCUACACCGCCCAGGCCCAGCCUCCCUCCUAUUCCCAUUAUCUUUACUACCCACACCAUCCCCAAAAUCCCAGCUUAGGAGCUCCUCAGACGGUUCUCAAACACCCUGAAAUCCCUUCUACCCACUAUGACCUUGGUCCCGAGCCAGGCCUUCGGCCACCUGGUAUCGACUCUUAUGCCGCCUUGAACCAGGCGUCGCAGGUGGGUACGCCGACUGACGCGGCGUAUUAUCCGGAUACAUGUGCCGCCGCCCAGAAUUGGGCAGCAAAGGAGGCCGUUCGGCAGUUCGGGGCGGAUCCUGUCGCUUAUGCAGCGGGUGGGAUAAGACCUCCGGAUCAAUUGCUUAUUGUAAAUCCCAAUCCUGCCAAUUGGGGCAACUCAAAUAUCUGUCCACCCCUAAAUGGUGGCUGGAAGAAAGGCUCGAAGAAAACAAAAAUUGUACAAUCUGCUUGGUGUGAGGUUUGCAAGAUUGACUGUAACAGCAAGGAUGUACUGUAUCAACAUAAACUGGGAAAGAAACACAGGAAGAACUUGGAGAAACUAGAAGCAGCAAAGAAAGAUGUUAAUGCUCCAGCAAUUGCCCCAAUGGCAAAGGAUUCUGUUAUAGGGCCAAAGGAAAACCUCACAGCAAAUAAAGGCAAAAGUGUUCAUGUGCAACAGACAAAAAAGAAGGCAGUCCCAUCAUCAACCUCUGGUGAGGACCUAGAGACAAAGAGGAGAAAGGUUGUGGAAGGUGGGGCAGCACCAGGUACUGUAAAGGUUUGCACAGUUUGCAAUAUGGUGUGCAACAGUCAAACAAUUUUCAAUUAUCAUGUAGCAGGACAAAAGCAUAUUACAAAGCUGAAGAAACAUGCAACAACUAAAAUAAGAGUUGCCUAAAGGAAGAACUGCCCCAUGAUACUAUUUUCCCAUUUUGGGGGGGUUUAAUUGAUUAGAAAUAUGGCGUGAUCUCUUUUUUAAGGUGAAAGAUAAUAUAAUCUACUUUCUUUCUCUUUC